CGCCGCCCCUGUUUCAGGGGAUAAGAAACCCGCCGCAGAAACUUCCUUCUUUCCCAGGCAACUGCCGAAGAUGGCGGAGGGGCAGGUCCUGGUACUUGAUGGCCGAGGCCAUCUCCUGGGUCGCCUGGCGGCCAUUGUGGCCAAGCAGGUGCUGUUGGGCCGGAAGGUGGUGGUCGUGCGCUGUGAGGGCAUCAACAUUUCUGGCAAUUUCUACAGGAACAAGUUGAAGUACCUGGCCUUCCUCCGCAAGCGCAUGAACACCAACCCAUCCCGCGGCCCCUACCACUUCCGGGCCCCCAGCCGCAUCUUUUGGCGGACUGUGCGAGGCAUGCUGCCCCACAAGACCAAGCGUGGCCAGGCUGCCCUUGACCGCCUCAAGGUGUUUGACGGGAUCCCACCCCCCUAUGACAAGAAAAAGCGAAUGGUGGUUCCUGCUGCCCUCAAGGUUGUGCGACUCAAGCCCACACGUAAGUUUGCCUACCUGGGACGCCUCGCUCAUGAGGUAGGCUGGAAGUACCAGGCGGUGACAGCCACUCUGGAGGAGAAGAGGAAGGAGAAGGCUAAGCUCCAUUACAGAAAGAAAAAGCAGCUUAUGAGGCUGCGGAAACAGGCCGAGAAGAACGUGGAGAAGAAGAUCAACAGAUUCACAGAGGUCCUCAAGACCCAUGGACUCCUGGUCUGAGCCCAAUAAAGACUGUUAUUCCUCACUGGCCUGGCCUGCCCUUCCUCCAUCAUCAUCCUGGGACAUGGGGGCCUCUUCACCACAGUUAAUGUCCAGGUGCCACAGGAAGCCUGGGGAUGUGCCGAAAGGGCGUAGGUCAGACCCAUGGCCACUGCUUCCAUUUCAGGAAGGCCUUUUUCUAAAGAGUUCACAGCUAGUGACAUGUUAGAACUUUUUGUAAAUGGGUAGGAGCAGCAGCCAGUCACUUUGAUUGCAGUUAUUUGCAAAAGUAAAAACCAGUUGCAAGGAACUCUAAAUAGUAAAUGGGGCACUUGCGUGGAAAACAUUCUGCGUGGUUUUAUACCAUACUCUGCAGCUGUUAGAAUGUUCCAGAAAGCUUGUAUGCACCGUAUGAUCCUGGGGUGUGGGUAUUUAUAAAUGCAUGAAUCAGGAAGAGCUGGCACCAAGGGGCCACAGGCACUGCCCUUAAUUACUUCCCUCUAUUUUGUAAUUAAAAACUAAUAAAUUAUUUGUAAACAA